AUGCGGUCCUCCUUGCUCGCCAGCUUUGGCCUGGCUGUGUUGACGGCUGCUGCGCCGGCGCACCGCUCCUCGGACCUCAUCACCAACACCACGCUGGCCACGGCUAGUUCGGGCCCCUUCAACUACUACCGCAUCGUGUCCCUGCAGAGCCUGGGCAACGGUGUCGUGCUGGCGGCUUUUGACGGCCGGCCCACAGGCGCCGACGCGCCGGCGCCCAACUCGAUCCUGCAGCGCCGCAGCACGGACUACGGCGCCACGUGGGGGUCCCUGACGUACAUUGCAGAGGGCCAGGCGGCCAACGCGGGGACGGGUGCGCUGGCGUACGGGUUCAGCGACCCGAGCUAUGUGUAUGACAGUGCCACGAGCACGCUGUUCAACUUCCACGUCUUCUCCAAGGACGCGAGCUUUGCCAGCAGCGUGCUGGGCCACGACGACACCAGCCGCAACAUUACGAGCGCCGAGGUGUCGGUGUCGACGGACGGCGGCCUCAGCUGGUCGACGGACCCGACCAACCAGCCCAACCUGCCCCCCGUGGCGUCGUCGCAGGUUGGCGUGCCGCCGCUGCUGACGUCAGCCGUCAAGCCCAACGGGUCGCCCGUCGGGUCGGUCUCGGACGUUGGCGCCGUGCUGGGCGAGUUUGCGGCGUCGGGUCAGGGCAUCCAGCUGCAGUACGGCGCCCACGCGGGCCGCCUGAUCCAGCAGUACCUCGGCCGCGUCGUGCAGCCCAGCGGCAGCGUCGCCUACCAGGCGUACAGCGUCUACAGCGACGACCACGGCGCCACGUGGCAGAUGGGCACGCCGACGGGCGUCGGCAUGGACGAGAACAAGGUGGUGGAGCUGUCCAACGGCACGGUGAUGCUCAACUCGCGGCCCAGCGACGGCAGCGGCUACCGCAAGGUGGCCCUGUCCAACGACGGCGGGCUCACGUACACGACGCCGCGCACCGAGACGCAGCUGCCGGACCCGGCGUGCAACGGCCAGAUUUCGCGGCUGUACCCCAGCGCGGCCGAGAACUCGGCGCAGGCCAAGAUCCUGCUCUUCACCAACGCCAACAGCAAGACGUCGCGGGCCAACGGCACGGCGCGCUUCUCGUGCGACGACGGCAACACGUGGUCGACGGGCACCGUCUUCUCGCCGGGCGCCACGUCCUACUCGACCAUCACGCCGCUGGGCGACGGCACCGUGGGUCUGUUUUACGAGGGCCUCAACAACCAGCUGAUUUACCUGCGCGUCGACACGGCCUGGCUGGGCAUCAACUGUUAA